AUGCACGUCUCAUACAUCUCGCUGGCGUUCUUCGCCAUCGGCACCAUCGCCGCCCCCGCCGCCCCCGUCGCUCCUGCUGUCCCCAAGCCUAGCAACGACUUCGGAGACGUCAUUGGCCGCUUCCCUUUCAACCCAACCGGCUCCUCCACCAUCGAUGACAACGAUGAUGGAUUCGACGACUUCCCUUCCGCCCUCGACGCAAUGCACCAGGCCUUGGCUGAGAAGCAAAAGUCCGCUGAGGCUGCUCAGCUCGCGUCGACCACCCACGCCGUGUUAGCCAAGCCCACUUCCACCCACGGAGUCACAAACUUCCCUGCCCCCGUCGUCUCCCAGGCCUCAACCCUCUCUCACCCCACCCCUUUCGCCUCGCAGCCUCCUGUCAUUUCCAAGGCUGCCCCCACUGACCUCCCUACUCCAUCCCACGGCGUCAUCCCCACUCCCGUCGGCGGCAGCUCGGCUUCUCCUUCAAGCGCAACUCCCUCCCCUAGCGCACCUGCCGCAACUGCCGCCCCUGGCCCCCUUGGCCACCUUGUCGAGGGUCUUCCCCUUGUUGGAAAUCUCGUUGCUGGUCCCAUGGAUCGCCUCGGUCUCCGUCGUUAA